GCUUGAGUUUGUAGUAAUGGUUCAUUGAUCGAAAAGUAACUUUGUCCAAAACUGCUUUAUUAACUAUAAGUUGAACGAAGAGGAGAUUUCCUGCGCAUGAAGAAUCACAGUGGCAGAAAUUCAGCACUAAAUUUAGUAACAGUAUUUAGUAAACAUGACGGAUGAACAGGGUCCCAAGAAGGGAUUCUGGGAACAGGCCAGGGAAGCCCGUCAUAACUCAGACGGAUGGAUUAAAUACUUCAUCACCAUGGCAACAAUAACGUCGGUCACCGCUUGUGGAACUUGUCUAAUGGUGAUAGCACUUCUGGUACCUUUCCUAGCUGUUAUUAUAGGUGUAGCUAAGAUAGACGACUGUCCUGUUAAUAGUAUGAUACCCAUCUACUUGAUAGCAGUUGGUAUAAUAGGUGUUAUCUCCUCCUCCCUGGGUUUGUGGAGACAAUGUGCUGGAGUGGAGGACAUCAAGACUCAGCGUUGUAUUGCUUGUCUCCAGAUCCCUCUAACUCUCGUCUGGUUUGGAUUCUUCAUCGCUGGCAAGUCGCAGAUUAUUAAAAUACAUGCAAUGUUAUCACAUUUAUGGAGAAUGAAAUCAGUAAAUACGCCGUAGUAAACAGUUAUUGAAAUUUGGAUAUGGGCACUCUUUAGUCUCUAAGUAUGUUUUGCAUUUUCUACUCAAGAAUAUUACAAUUAUUAUAACCUUGAAAAUGUUGAUGUUCGGUUACGACAGGAAAUGUGUGGGUGUACGGGUCGCUGAAGAAAGUAGAGACGGAUGAAGAAAUGAGGGUGUUAAAAGGAGCCGGAAAAAUCCCGAACCCCAACUAUUGUAACGCUUGGGUGUAUUGGCUUGCUUUCUUCAUGAUAACCAUGGUGUAUGUCAUGAUAAUCCUGAUGUGCUGUCUGCUCUGUGCUCUCGGAGCCGCUAUUUCUCGAGGUAAGAGCGAGGAACAGGCACCGAUAGUGCAAGAUAACGAAGCCCCAAACUACACUGAAGAAGGGGGCGCUGCACCUCAAGAAGCGGAUCUGGAAAAUACAGAGAAUCCCGCCUAGAUUCCGAUAUUUUGUGACUGUAUGAGAACAUUGAUUGUUGACGAAUCAUUAUGGUCAUGACUCGACAGCUGGAACUGCAUUCAGGACAAAUAUAACUAUCUCAUUGUCAUAUUUGAGAGCGGCAGUCAAUACUUUGGAUGGGAAAAUAGUUUUUGAUACUAGUACGGCCACGUAUCCUGGUAGUAAAUA